AAUUGAUGAAGACCGGAUCCCCAACCCGCUUCUAAAGCCAGGAUUGUCAAUGUCCCCAAGGCAGAGGAAGAAAGUCUCUCGCACUACUCCCACCAUGAAAGAGCUCCAGCUGAUGGUUGAACACCAUCUUUGCAAGCAGCAGGGAGGUGAAGAAGAAGAAGAUGGCGCUGAGGCACAGGAGUCACACAGUCCAAGUUGCUGCCCUCAUGCCAGCACAGAACCUGCCCACAGUCCCGAGAGUUGCCCUUUGGCCCAAGCCCACGUCCAGCUGGAGUCCCAGGAAGAACCACACCCUGGCCUUGAAGAACAGGGAAGAGUCACAGAAGCUUGCGGUGCAGAGAGCUCUGACAAAACAAGGUCUUACUUGUGCUCAGAAAAGCAAGGGAUUCAUAUAUCACUGGAGAACUCCGUGGAAAAGGACAAGCUGCCCAAGGAGUGAUUCUCUGCUGGAGGCA